AUGGACGCUGAGAAUAGCCAGAAGGACCCCAAGACCGAAGAAUGCUGGUGCCUGACUCCUUCUAUGAAGAACGUUGAGCGCCUGGCGCGCGUUCGCGAGAACCAGCGGAAGAGCCGAGCGCGCAAGCAGGAGUAUGUUCGUGAACUCGAGCAGCGACUGGCGACCUUCAAGAAUGAAGUCCAGCAGAAAGACAUCCAGCACAGGCUGGCCAGCCAGAAACUGGAAGCAGAGAAUCGCCACCUGCGAACGUUACUAGGUUCUCUUGGAAUCUCGGCGGAGCUGGUCCAACAGUAUCUACAGCUAGCCGACCAAGGCACGCAAGUGAAUCGAAAAGUCGCGAUUCCUGCGAUACAGCGACCAGCAGAGCCGCCCGUGUUAUCGCCGUCUACUUCCUCGGAGACCAACCCACGCUCAAGCUCUGCGCGCGCAAGCGCCUCGAGCGAAUGUAGCACGACAACAGAUGGCUCAACCCCGACGGAAAGCGGCGGCACGCCAACCCGGUACACGCCAGUGACUUACGCUCCCACUGAUUCUGCCCUGAUUGCUUCUACACGAAACACUUGCGCGCCCACAGCUUGCGCGCCGAGUAAAUGUGCACCAAACGGAUGCACACCUAUGAAAGUUGAAUCAGAAGAGCCACAGCAAUUGCAACAGCCGCCGCCGCAACAAUUCUCGCAACCCUCGCAACCGACGACGCAGCCGAAGCGCGCGAAUCCUUCCCUCUGUGAUUGCUCACCAGGAGACGAGAUGGCCGAAGGAGAUGGCGAUCUGCUUAACACGACUCUUUGUGGCAUGGCAGAGGAAUUGAUCAAUCAAUACAAUACAAGCGGCAUCGACAUCGAGGAGAUCCGAAAGAGACUCUGGGCUGGUUUUAAAGCUGGUACUAGAGGGGAUGGCUGCCGAGUAGAGAAUCAAGUUUUGUUCCAAGUUUUGGACGAGAUCAGCAACAGGAUUUGA